GCAAUGGAGUUCGAGGAAUACCUGACUAAGGCUGGAGUGUUGAACGCUCAGGUCCAAUUCCUCGACGUUGCGACUUUCAUGACGGGCGCUGGGGCCACUCCGGAUGCCGCGAUCGCCGUCCCGCCCAAUGAAGUGCACUCUGCCAUCUCAUCCAAGGCGCUGGCUGAGGCCAUCAGCAGUCCCCUGUCGCAGCAGGGCAUUGAGGCAUUGUAUUCAUAUCGAACGCCCAAGCUCGGACCGAACGGAACUUGCAGCAUCUCAAAGGACCUUGAGGAGAAACCGUUUGAUCUUGGCAACGAGGUGCUCGGCGUUAGCUGGCAAGACGCGUCCGUCGCAGCCGCUUCGCCUCACACGCUUCGACUUCGUCGGCUCAAGGCUCUGAUGGACGGGCUAGCACACAUUUGCAAGGUGGAUUGGAUUGGCGUCUAUCGCACGAUUCGGCCUGCAGAUGGAAGCGCUCCAUUUUUGGUCAAGGAAGCCUACAACGGUGCACCAUCGAGAGCCAAGUUCCCCCUGACGGAAGAGUUUGCAACGUUAAGCAAUAACAGCUGGGUGGGCAUGAAUGGCAAGGCCAAGUUUGUCCAGAACACGGACACGUACGAAGGACCGUACUACAUUUGCGAUGCUCGCGUCAAGAGCGAACUCUGCGCUCCCAUCUUUUCGAGCGACGGCAGCCGCGUUCUUGGUAUUAUUGACGCCGAAAGCUUCCAAGACCGUUGGUUUGACCAACCAGAACGCGUCCUGCUGAUUUUGCAUACUUGCUUUCAACUUGGAAGCGAGUUUGAGCUGCUUGCUGCCACCGACAAGAAGUGAAGGUGGAAAAGGAGGUUGCGUUGGUCGUUUGUCAACGCGAUUUGAUGUGAGCACUUUUAUUGAUUUUGCAUCGUUGGAAUAGUUUUGUCGAGCAAGUACACAACGUUCCC